AUGUUUGGUUUAGCAACGAUUGUAUGGACCGCUCUUGCUGCUUCUCUUCCCUACGUCCUGUAUCAAUGGUUCUUGUCUCCAUUGGCGGCGAUCCCGGGUCCGCGGCUCGCUGCCUUGUCUGAUCUAUGGCAAUUGUGGAAUGACAUGCAAGGGAAAGGAUCUGCUGCCAUCCACAGGUAUCACAAGAAGCAUGGCCUUUCUGCAGUGCGUGUUGGACCAAAUGAAGUCAGUCUGCCUGCAGAUCCCGAAGUUCUGAAAGAAGUGUAUGGUCCUACGUUCUUGAAGUCUCGCCAUUAUGAUGCAUUCAAAAUUGCAGGACAUGCGCCCAUAUUCGGAGAACGCAGUCGAGAAGCACAUGCGGCCAGAGUAAAGCGGAUCUUACCGUGGAUGUCGAAAGCUAAUGUCCUUCAAAUCGGAGAACCGAUUAUCCAGGAGAAGGUUUCGAAGUUGUGCUCCCGGUUCGACGCUUUGAUCCAAGAAGGAUCCGCGGCAGUGGACGUUCUGAAGAGCUUCCGAUGUUUUGCUGUUGAUUCCAUCUCAGCGUUCACGCUCCCAGAAGGCUGGAAUACCCUUGACGAAGAGGAUUUAGACUCUCCCAUGGGCACAGUCAUUGAUGUCAUCAAUACAUCGGCCCCGACAGCUUUCUUCUCUCUGCGUUUUCAUGCGUGGUAUGACCACGUCAAACAAAAGCUUCGUUCGCUGCUUGAUUCGGAGGGGCUUGCCAGAGAAGGGGAUGCUUUUGGAAGACUGGAUGCUUUCGCAGACAAGUCAUACGAGCAGAGUUUGAAGGACAAUGGGAGCGAUGUUGUUACUUCCUUCCGUCAGUGCACGAACGCGGAUGGUGAACCUCUCACGAAGCAGCAGAUCAAAACCGAGAUUGAAGACCUCCUGUUCGCUGGCACGGAUUCGAGUGCGACUACCUUAUCGACCAUCGCCUUUCAUGUUUGUAGAUCCAAAUCCAUACAGGAGCGUCUGUUGUCCGAGCUUCGCGAAGUUAUGCCGCAUAGGGAUUCGCAUGUUACAUUGAAGACGUUGGAGAAGUUACCUUAUUUGACGGCUGCGAUCCGAGAAGGCCUCCGCGUAGCUCAACCCGUCCCUCGUCGCUUACCAAGAGUUGUGCCGCCCGGUGGCUGGACAUAUGAGCGCACAGGUCAAUACCUACCUGAAGGGGCCAUCGUUGGCGUCGCUGCGUAUGAGCUGCAUCGAUCCUCCCCUUUUGCCGAUCCUGAAAGCUUCCUUCCUGAACGCUGGUUGGGCGAUAAUACCUCCUUGGUCCAGAUGACCGCAGCAUUUGCAGCUUUCGGUCGAGGCAGCCGAAUGUGCAUUGGACAAAAUUUUGCUAUGGCCGAAUUGUACUUGGCAACAGCGUAUCUCUUCCGUCGAUUUGCAGGCGAGGUCAUCACACCGAAGGAGAUUGUCUAUCUGGAUAAUUUCAACGCUAGCAUCAAGGGUGGAUCCGUGACACUGAGACUGAGAGUUGUGAACUGA